AUGUUCGGAUGGAUUCACGAAAGUUUUCGUCAGCUUGUUACCAGAAAGUAUGGAAAAGAUAUCUGGGAAAAAAUUGUGUAUAUGGCAAAGUUCGAAGUAGGGACAGAAAGCGAAAUCGCGCAUUAUUAUAAUGACGAAGAAACCCUCCGACUGAUAAAUUCAAUGGCAACAAUAAUUGGAAUUCCUAUUGAGGAAAUUUGGGAAGCUUAUGGUGGAUUCCUUAUUCAAUUCACAAUGGAAACUGGAUGGGACGAGCUUUUGCGAGCAAUGGCUUCUGAUUUAGAAGGGUUUUUGGAUUCGCUGGAUUCGCUUCACUACUUCAUCGAUCAUGUUGUGUACAAGACCAAACUGCGAGGUCCGUCAUUUCGAUGUGAUUGCCAGCCAGAUGGAACUCUUCUCCUUCAUUAUUACUCAAAGAGAAGCGGACUUUAUCCAAUUGUUAAAGGUGUUGUGAGAGAAGUGGCUCGCAGAAUUUACGACACCGAAGUUGUUAUGAAAGUCCAGGAACGAAAGCAGGAACAUCUAGAUGCAUAUGUCACCGAGCAUGUGGUUUUCGUAAUUAGUCAAAUCGAAAACCAGAAUGUCGUUCAAAAGUCAAUCACUUCGAAGUCGGACUCUCAAAACGAUCUGACCACAGGUUUCUAUGAAAUCACACCAGCCGAUUUUGCCGCCGCAUUUCCUUAUCACAUAUGUUUCGAUCAAGAUUUGUUUCUCGAGCAUUUCGGUGAUUUCAUCAAGAAAUCGUAUCCAAAUGCCGUUAUGCAAGAAACUCGAGUCACCGAUAUUUUCGAAUUAGUCUAUCCGGAGGUGCCGUUCUCGUAUGAAUCGAUUCGAUACUAUAAAAACAGUCUGUUUAUUUUCCGAUUGAAGGGAUUCGGUGAUAUCGUUCACGCGAAUCAUGAAGAAACUAAAUCAGUGCUUUUGAAAGGAAGUAUGGUGUUCAUAGAUGAAGGAAAGUACGUCCUCUAUCUAUGCUCCGUAAAUGUGACUACUGUUCGAGAAUUAAUUGAGCGAAACCUUCAUUUGUCUGAUAUGCAACGUCACGAUGGUACUCGCGAUGUGAUCAUGUUGAAUCAGAGUAGAAUGAGUCAAGUUGAACUAAAUCGAACGCUUGAAGAGACGACGAAGAAACUCAAAAAAAUGGCCCAAGAGCUUGAAAUCGAAAAGCAAAAAACUGACGAGCUCCUGUGCGAACUCAUGCCGGCAUCCGUGGCCGAUAGUCUUCGCAGCGGGAAACCAAUGGAUGCUAAGGAAUUUGCGGAUUGCACUCUUCUCUUCACAGAUAUUGUCACGUUUACCAAUAUUUGUGCGAUGUGCACUCCGUAUGACGUUGUCACACUGCUCAACGAUUUAUACUUACGAUUUGAUCGUCUUGUCGGAUUACAUGAAGCCUACAAAGUCGAAACUAUUGGAGAUGCUUAUAUGAUUGUUGGUGGUGUUCCAGAAACAUGCGAAAAUCAUGCUGAAAGAGUCUUGAAUAUUUCUAUAGGAAUGCUAAUGGAAUCGAAGCUUGUUCUAUCGCCAAUCACUCAUAAACCGAUCAAAAUUCGUCUUGGAGUUCAUAGUGGCCCAGUUGUCGCCGGAGUCGUUGGAAUCAAAAUGCCGAGAUAUUGCCUAUUUGGUGACAGUGUGAAUGUUGCGAAUAAAAUGGAAUCUUGUGGAGUGCCCUGUAUGAUCCACGUGAGCAAAUCGGCGAAGACCAACGGAGUCAAAACGAAUCCGUGUUUUGUAUUCGCCGAUCGCGGCAACACCGAGAUUCGCGGCAAAGGGAUCAUGUACACCUACUUCCUUGAGCGGAACGAUCGUGUCAGUGUCUGGGAGCUCUGUGCCAGACCAAGAUCGGGAGAGCAGACAAUCGAUGGCUAUAUGGAGCUGCACGACCAGAAUAUUUACAUCGAAGAUGCAUCCAAUUCAACAGAAGAAGCUGCGGCUCCAAAAAUGGCAAAUGGCUCAAGCGUCGAUCCAGCGAGCCAUCACAUACGCUCCCCAACAUGCGCAAUUCUUUGA